CGCAGCCCGAGCCGCCCGCUGAAGCCGAGCGCGGCCCUGGCGGAAGUGACACUGUAAACGCGCGCCAGGAGUUCAAGAGGGGUCGCGAAGGGUCGCCGUGGCGGGCGCCUGGGUUGCCUGCCGUUUGACUGGGUUUUCGCGGGUGGGUCCCGCUGCCGGCCGCGGCUCCAGAGCAGCGUCCCUGUCCUGCUGAGCGGAAGCCCCCAGAGCCGAGGUCGCGGCCCGCCGCCGGGCGGGGGAUGGUCCGCGGGACGAGCGGGCGCUGAGGAGACUCCAGGCGGCGUGCGAGCGGCGGGAAGGCGGCGGCCAUGGACCAGAACAGCAGCCUGCCGCCCUACGCCCAGGGCCUGGCCUCCCCGCAGGGCGCCAUGACUCCCGGGAUCCCCAUCUUCAGCCCGAUGAUGCCGUACGGCACAGGGCUGACUCCGCAGCCCAUUCAGAACACCAACAGCCUGUCCAUCCUGGAGGAGCAGCAGCGGCAGCAGCAGCAGCAGCAGCAGCAGCAACAGCAGCAGCCGCCCCCGCAGCCGGCGGCGGUGACCACCGUGGCGGCCGCGGUUCAGCAGUCAGCGUCCCAGCAGGCGACUCAGGGGGCCUCAGGACAGACGCCACAGCUCUUCCACUCACAGACUCUUACGACGGCCCCGUUGCCGGGCACCACACCCCUGUACCCCUCGCCCAUGACCCCCAUGACCCCCAUCACGCCUGCCACGCCGGCCUCGGAGAGCUCGGGGAUCGUGCCGCAGUUGCAAAAUAUUGUAUCCACAGUGAAUCUUGGUUGUAAACUUGACCUGAAGACCAUUGCACUUCGUGCCCGAAAUGCUGAGUAUAAUCCCAAGCGGUUUGCCGCCGUGAUCAUGAGGAUCCGGGAGCCGCGGACCACCGCGCUCAUCUUCAGCUCCGGGAAGAUGGUCUGCACAGGUGCCAAGAGCGAGGAGCAGUCCCGACUCGCAGCACGGAAGUACGCCCGAGUGGUGCAGAAGCUGGGCUUCCCGGCCAAGUUCCUGGACUUCAAGAUCCAGAACAUGGUGGGGAGCUGCGACGUGAAGUUCCCCAUACGGUUAGAAGGCCUUGUGCUGACCCACCAGCAGUUCAGCAGUUAUGAGCCAGAGUUAUUUCCUGGUUUAAUCUACAGAAUGAUCAAACCCAGAAUUGUUCUCCUUAUUUUUGUUUCUGGAAAAGUUGUAUUAACAGGUGCUAAAGUCCGAGCGGAGAUUUAUGAAGCCUUUGAAAACAUCUACCCCAUUCUCAAGGGCUUCCGGAAGACCACGUAACGGCCGUGCCGCCCUCCUCCGCCCGCCCCCGCGUGGUUCUGGAGACACACCAGUCGGUACACGGAGGUGGUGGGGCCGCGGGGCCGGCCUGCGCGCGCCGGGGUUACUGUCGGGCGGCGCCCUGCUGCCCCUUUGUCUAGAUUUAGGUUUUUAAACACUCACUGCUGUUGACAAGUUGGUUUAAGGGACAAGACUUUAGUGUUAAAGCCACCUCUACAAUUGACUGGACUUUUUAUUUUGUUUGCUUUCUUCCCCAUAAACCACAGUUUUUAUAUUUCUACCAGGAAAGUAAAACUGUUUUUUAAAAGUGUUGUUUUUCUAAUUUGUAACCGCUAGGGUUUGUUUCUGUGCCAGACACAUUCCGCCUCUUCAGUAUUGCAGGAGUGAACAGAUGCGCCAACGAGCGCGAACGGCUGUAAAUAUUCCCUCCCCGCAGAGCUCUGUACAAUAAAUGCUGUUUAUGAAAGUGUUAGACUGAUGUUAUA